AUGGAGCAGAACAUUAUCUGUCCCUUUUGUGGAAAGGCUGGCGGAGGAGAAAUCGAGAUGUUGCUGCACAUGGAGACUUUUCACCCUGAGGAAGACAAUUCUCACCCUCCCCCACCCAUAACGCAGUCACCGCAAGAGCAGUAUGCCGAGUGUCCAAUCGAGGGUUGCGGUGAAUGCAUUCCCUUGGCUGAAAUUGACUACCACAUGGACCUUCACCUCGAAGAAGACCGUCAAGUUGCUGAGAACCCAAAUUCCCAAGCCGUCAUACAAUCUCGGCACCCCAAUAAUACAACUGUCACCACCGCCGCCGCCGCCUCUAGUGAUUACCGCGAACACGCCGUCGACGGUCAGAAUACGGCUGCUGAGCAAUGGGGGAAACUGUUGUCACUAAACGCAAAGUCGAAAGGCAAGGAAGGAGAGAAACGACUUGGAAAAGCAGAGCUGGGGAAAUAUGCGCAUGAACAACAGAUGCCAGACUGGCUCGUAUCUCUUCUUCAUAAAGGUGGCGAAGUCAAGAGCGAUGGGGUGAUUUCUGUUCUCGAGCAGCUUCUGAGCCAGAGCAAAUCUACCGAAUAUGCCUUUUUGUGCGACUCGGCCGUCCAGCAUGUAUCAAAGCUCAAGAAAGAAGGUGGCUUCUGCGGCUAUCGCAACAUUCAAAUGAUGGUUUCUUACAUUGUUGGCGCCAAUGCCCCUGGCAUGGAACAUUUCAGGGGCCGUCUACCUACUAUAUUCGAGAUCCAGGAGCUCAUCGAGAGAGCCUGGGACCUUGGCAUCAAUUCCCAGGGGCGAAUCGAAACCGGUGGCAUCAAGGGGACACGCAAGUACAUUGGUACUCCGGAGGCACAGGCACUCUUCGUUGGCCUUCAGAUACCAUGCACUGCGCAGGGAUUCAGAGAUCAUGAACCAGGAAGAUCUGAGGCUAAGCUGAUGAUGGCUGUCGAGGAGUAUUUCAAGCAGGGAGCGCAUUGCCAAGGUUCAAAAGUGACCUGCACGUCACUUCCGCCUAUAUACUUCCAGCAUGCCGGCCAUUCAUUGACAAUCGUUGGCUUCGAGAAACAAAUGCAUGGCCCUGCUAAUCUGCUUGUCUUUGACCCCGUCUUUCGCGAUCCACCAGCGCUUGCCCGACUUAUUGGCCAAACUUUCAAGCACAAAUCGGCAGACGAAUCUCUCAAGCCAUAUCGCCGGGGCGCCAAGUACCUCCGAAGAUAUCGCGAGUUUGAAAUCCUCAGGUAG